AGUAUUGGAACACGACAUACCGGACGUGACGUCACGGCUCAUGGCGGCUGUUAUUCAGCAAGAGUGAGACAAACAAGGCUGAGUGAAGGAUUAUACAGAACAACACACGCCGAAAAUGGUGGUUCUUACGCUUAAAAACCUGCAACAGCAAACCUUCACCGUAGAAAUAGAAUUGUCUGCCACGGUGAGAGCUCUAAAAGAAAAAGUGGAGAAAGAAAAAGGCACAGAUUAUCCUGCCAUUGGUCAGAAACUUAUUUAUGCAGGUAAAAUCCUCCAAGAUGAUACAACGCUCGACUCGUAUAAUAUCGACGAUAAGAAAUUCCUGGUGAUUAUGGUGACUAAACCCAAGGCGGCCCCACCGCCUCCUGGUCCCACCGACCCCACAGUGAUAGAUGAGCCCAUGGAAGCUUCCACCCAGGAGUCCACUGAACCUUCCUCAUCGAGUGUGACCACGCCUUCUACAGAGGCAUCAUCCGUGGCAGCAUCCACUACCACCAGCACCAGCACCACCACCACUACCACCAGCACCACCACCCAGCCUACAGCAGCAUCCAACACACAGUCCACAACAGCCACACAGCCAUCUACAGGGGGGUCCGUUGGUAGUGCAGAGUCAUUGCUGGUAAUGGGGGAAGAAUUUAAUCGCAUGGUAGAAAAUAUAAUGGAGAUGGGCUACGAGAGGUUGCAGGUUGAACGAGCGCUCAGGGCGAGCUUCAAUAACCCGUACACGGCCGUCCAGUACCUAGUCGACGGCAUCCCUCCCAACCUGGACGAGCCGGCGGCCAACCCAGCGGGGAGCGGAGAGGGGGAGGAGCAGGUCGCUGCCGAGGGAGAGCCCGACCCUGAUGAGGAUCCUCUUAACUUCCUUCGAUCACAGCCACAGUUUGAACAAAUGCGACAGAUGAUUAGGUCAAAUCCAUCACUUCUGGAUGCAUUUAUUCAACAAAUUGGUCAAACAAAUCCCCAACUACUGCAGGUUAUCCAGCAAAAUCAGCAGGCCUUUGUCCGCAUGUUGAAUGAGGGCGGCAGCUCAGGAGGUACAGGUGGCAGUACGGGAGGAAGUGGUGGUACGCAGAGUAGCGGCGGUGGGACCAGUGGCGGCAGUGGUAGUGGUCGUGCUGUCCCUGGCCAGAAUGCCAUCCUCGUUUCGCCUCAGGAUAGGGAUGCCAUUGAGAGGCUGAAGGCGCUGGGAAACUUUCCAGAGGAUGUGGUAAUCCAAGCUUACUUUGCCUGUGAGAAGAAUGAGAAUCUGGCUGCUGAGUUUCUCUUCAGUCAGACCUGGGAUUAGGAUUUAAAUCUAUAUAACAAAUUUUAAGUUAAUUUAGAAUAUUAAAUCUCUUGUUAAGUGCACGACUUAAGCUAUGGGCCGAUUACCAGUGGCUUGUUAUUUCCAAAUUUUUAUGGAAAACGAAUUAUGUAUACAGAUUUUUUCAUUUUAACUAAGUUUGAGUUGAUAAUAUUAUUAGGAGACCCUAUGUUUAGUGUAGGCUAUUGGCCUGCACUACUUGUUAAGUGGUUGUAAGCUUCAAACACCUGUGCUACCACUCCCUUGUGUACAUAAUGUGUGUGAUAGCCUUCAUGCAGUCUCAUCUUACAACUACAGUACUCCUUCAGGCUGUAAAGGGUUGGAGAUCAAUUUCUUUAUCCUGUGCCACCCGAAUGUUAAUGCUGAUCGAGUUGGAAACCAUUAUCUGGCAAGACCUUAUUUGUAUUCCAUCCAGAAAAUUCUUAAUCUUCAUAAUAUGCAACUUUUUCUGUUUGUUAUUUAAGUUUAACCACAAAAAAACCUGUUUUUGUUUUUUUUUAAAUUAGGAAUUAUAAAGGAAAUAUUUUCUGAAGAUCAAGUAAGGUAUUCUCAUGUUAUUGGCCACACCAAAAAUUUUUUUUAUUUAUAUUUACAUGAGAAUGGCUAACUUUUAACACAUCACGUGAACCAUUGCCAUCAUUAUUCACUUGGUGUUGCUUGAGGAGUUGUACACGUUGAGUGUGUGUAGUGCAGAACUUCCUAUAACCCAAGAAAAUUGUAGCAGCAGGCUUCUCUCUCUCAGAAAUAAAAGAGUUGUAUAGA